AUGGGAGGAGCUUCAAUGCCUCCAGACUCUCCUGUCGACGUUUGUGAAGACACCUUCAUCUACUGGAUCGAUUUGCCAUACCAUCUGAAAAUUGAAGUUCUGCGAAAUCUUCCCUUUCCAACCUUGUGGAACUUCAUGUUCCUCAGCAAAGAAUGCAUGGCUUUGUCCUCGAAACUGAAGCCUGAAGUUAAUGGUGUCUUCCUUUUACACGAACCGAAUAGAGUACGGCAAAAUGCAAACAUGGGGAAUUGCUCGGCAACUAUCAUCGUCUACUACCUGCCGCGCGGAUCUACUGACCCGGAUUUGCGAAAAAAUUAUACCAUAAGAUUUACCAACAUUAAUGAAGGAUGCACGGUGAGCAGAGAAGAUGAUAUGCGCAUAGCAAGUACGGGACCGACUUAUACGAACGAGUCCUGCUAUGCGGUUUCGAUGCGUGUCCUUUUCAAUAUGACAAAAUAUAUGAAGUCGGAGCAAAUAUCAAUGGAAAUAGGCUCAGUAAGAACGGAAGUACGGCAUGUAUUGGAUGAAUUACCGAAAACAGCAUCACUUUGCUGUGAACGACUCACCGUUCAUGCACAUAGCCUUGCUGUUCUCACUUCACUCAUCCCUCAUGUAAACCCCGGUUGUAGACUAUGGACAUAUGAUAGUGAUAUUUUCAACAUACCUGCCAAUGUUUUCAUCGACUCCGACAUAUUUGAUCUCGAAACGGUGAGGUUCUCUCAGUCUUUCAUAAUGUAG